AUGUCGAGCACCCGCCGCCACGACCUCGCCGACAACGCGAACAAGACGGACGAGUCGCAGACCUUCAAGAAGCCGUUCCAGACCGUCGGCCGCCCGCCCGUAACUGAGCGCGACAUCCACGAGCAGUAUAUGCAGGACCCUCCACAAAACGUGCCAUACGAGCCUACCACCGACCGUUCGACGAUCGGCACGAAGGAGGGCGCUCGGGAACAGGCCGACCCUCAGCAGCAGGGCGUCCUGGGUCAUCCCGGCGUCGGGAAGGCCUUGAAGCAGGACGUAUUGGAGGAGAUGACGACAGAGGGCUCGGUGCAUCCGCAUAACCCUGUGUCGUGA